CUUCCACCAGCUACUAUGGUUACUUCUGCAUACCUUGACUCAAGUUCCAUGCAGGCUGUGUACUAUGAUAAGGGAGGAGCCAGUCCAAGCAAUGUACCCCAUUCAGUUACAUCUCCAUCAGCCACAACCCCCCAUUCUUCGACAACAGCAAAAAAUGUUAUUCGGACAACCUCAUUGGAUCCCCCUGAAACAGCUAGCACCAGCCAGUCAGCCAAUGGUACCCAGCCGGUCAACACCACCCAGUCAGCCAAUGGUACCCAGCCGGUCAGCACCACCCAGUCAGCCAAUGGCACCCAGCCAGUCACCACCACCAAAGCAGCCAAUAGCACCCAGUCAGCUAGCACCACUCAGACAACCACAACAGCCAUUUCAAAACCCCAAACAAGCAUGCCAUCAAAACCCAAUAUUACAGUGACCACUGCCAGUACUCCUUCCACCUCUGCUUCAGUCUCUGUAACAGUUGCACAAGCCAGAACUUCCAGAUUUGACGUGGGCAGCUUUGUAGGUGGUAUUGUCCUGACACUUGGAAUGCUAGCCAUUCUCUACAUUGGAUGCAAAACAUACCACUCAAGAAGAGGCAUUCGGUACAGAACCAUUGAUGAACAUGAUGCCAUCAUUUAAAGGUGCUUCACAGCAGACAGCAGGAAAAAAAAAGUUCUCUUUUUGUAAAGAUGAUCACAAUUCUCCAAAGCUUUUUAUGGAUCUGAUCCUGCAAAGUGCCGAGAGCCUUUUGAACACCCUGAACACCCACUGAUUUCGAAAAGCAUUGAAAGAACUGAGUGAACACUUUGUGGGAAUAGGCUUUCUACUAUAGAUGUAAUUUUUUUUAAAAUCCUAUCAAGAAUGUUCCUUAAAGCUGAGGUUAAUUCUUUCCAAUGUACGCUCAUAGAAGCUCUGAGAAACAAAAUCAUUAACACAAUGCAUUGUGUGUCAUCAAAAUUAUGACUCCAUUUGAUUACUACUUACCUCCAUAAAUGUGGGGUGUUCUACAGGUGGCACAUCAGUCUGAAUAAAUUACAGAGUCCCUUUCAAGACAAAAUACAAGUAGGUCCUGGCAGGUAAAUACAGAAGCGAGUGACUCCUACUACAUUAUGUAAAAACAAAUUUAUUUUUAACUUAAAACUUGACGUGAACUUCUGUUAAUGGUUUUUGGAUCUCAGAUUUUAGACUACAAGUGAGCUGUGGAGACUUUCCUGGUGAUCUUCAAAAUGAAAUAAGCCUUGGGAAUGGGAUGGAAGUAUUUUUUUCUUAUAAAUAAGAAAUAAGGCUAGAAAAACUUUGUAAUGUUUUUUUAUUUAGAAUUAUAAGAACAUAAAAAUGUCAUAUACUUGGGUCAGACCAUAGAUCCAUCGAGCCCAGUAUCCUGUCUCACACAGCAGAUGCUGAUGGGGAGGAUGCACAGGGCAUGUCCCAAAUCUUCUUCCCGCUUUCUCCUCUUCCACUGGAGCUUCCAGCAUUCAGAGGUUUAGGCAGUUCUGAUUCAGAGGCUGUACCCCUAUCAUCCAUAUUCAGUAUCUACUGAUGGAUGUUUUCUCCAAGAGUUGCUGGUUGAUAACCAAUUACAAAUUGAUACAUGGCAAGUCACAAAGGUAUGUGAGAGAUGAAAUUGUAACAGAAAAAACAACUUCUCUUUUAUUGUGUAUAUGAAGCUUUCCACUGAAAAUUGUUCUCGCUUGAACAUAAAAUCCCUAGUUUUCAUUUGGAAACUCCAUGUUGUGUUUCACAUGAGGUUUUAGGAAUAGUUAAGAGUUACUGUUUAAAUACCAGUGGUAAAAUAAAAGAGGUAGGGUGGCACAUAAAUAGUACAUACAGUCUUAAACCUAUUUUCAAGGCGUAUAACCUUUGUGCAUCCACACUUCACGGAAGCCAGUAGAAACACUGCUGUUGAUAACAUCAAGGGCUUUUGGGGUCAUCAGACCCUUCCUUCACUGUGAGUGCAUCCACGCAUCGCCCUACAGCGACAUAGUGAUCACACAGGUCUACAUGUGAUUACCAGCUACAUUACCAUAGUGGCGCACUCCCUGGUUAUAGCAUGCCACUACGGCAACAUAGGAGCAAAAGCUAAUCAUGUGCCACCUGCACGGUGCAGUAACCGCCCGUACUUUGCCGUGCUUUAGUACUUCCAAAAGGAAAUACUGAAGCAUAGGGAUGUGUAGACAUGCCUAAGAAUCGUACGUUAGGGGGUAAAGCUAUUUUUUGUUGCCUUCCCACUUACACUGGUGGUGUCUUAUUAAUUCUAAUUUACAUUGUUUAAGCAACAGUAGUGUGAAGCUUAAGGAAAUCCAGAUCUGUUCUCCUUUAGACUAUUUAAACAGCAAUGCACAUUUGUUCAGUUUUAGUCAGCUUUCCUUUGUGGCUGGCUCUCCACUGGAAAGUGUUUCUGUGGUGGGAAUGUUACUUUAGUGGUUAUUUCUAAUGAUAAUCCACCACCUAAUGUGCAGUCAAGCAAGAUUCAGAGGAGAAUAUAUGUGGAGCAUGGCCAGAGACAUGCAAUGCAGCACUUCAGAGGUCUUGCAUCAGUAAAAACUUUAGAAAUGUUUAAUAGAAAUAUUUUAUUCUUGUUAAGUCUUGCACUUUCCUAAAAGUUGAAAAUGGCCUUUUGGGGAUUGUUUUUCUAUUCCUAAAGAAUCUAAAUAUUUUUUUUCCUCUGAAAGAGAGAGCCGGGCUUGGCAAACCCUCCCUUAUCCAAGUAGUUCUUACUCCUACAAUGUGGGACUGUUCCCAGCCUGACAAUCACUUUCACAUGUGACUUUAUUUCUUUUUUAAGCUAGAGAAAAAAUGUUUUAAAGUAUUUUAAGUGAUUCUUAUUUACACUGUUUGGGGGAAAUUCAUGUAUUUUUCUUUCUUUCUUUCUAUUAGCUAAACUCUACCAGUUUGCAAAGCAUUAUUCUACCACAUGUUGGUUCUUACUUUUCCUUUUAUAGUACCAGAGUUUUACUGUCUUAAGUGCUACUCAGUAGGGUUACUGAGAUCCACUGACCUGUGUACAGAUAAAUAAUAAAAUGAAAAUUGUGUUUUAAG